UGUGCCCGCGUGCGUGUGUGUUUGUGUGUGCGCGAGCGUGUGAGAGAAUUAUGGCUUCGGGCUGGUGGUGAGCAUUUUUGGUGCAAGUUUUCACCCCGAAAACCGAUCGAAAACGGUCCGAAAACAUUGACAACGUGCAGUGCAAGGUAAAUGCGUCCGCAAGUGCAUGUUUUCGACGCGGGAGGGUUGCGGUACGGGCGGUAAAAAGUGGUCGAAAAGUGUUGGCCUGGCCCCUGGUGUGUGUGGUUUGCUGCUGCUGUGUGGCGCUGAAACGCCGCUCUCUGCCUGCGUCGAAAUUGGGAACACCGUGAUUCGCUGGUGUUGGUAGUUUCGGUGCCACAUACGCCCUUCGCGCUGGUGACCGAAACGGUGGAAUGUGGUUCCUUUUUCCCCAAAUCGCCCAUUUCCGGCCACUGCUCUGCCGGACAGGGGCGAAAAUUUGGCACGAAAAGUUGCAUUUGCGAGCCGCCUACCCCGAUGCGACGACGUGUGCCCUGUGUGCUUGUGUGCGUGCGUGCGUGCGCGCGCGCCCGCGUACGUGUUUGUGUAUGUGUGUGAGAGAGAGUGUGUGGCAGCGUAGAGUUUGAAUGUGAAACGAUAUGCUUGUGUGAAUGUGUGCGUGUGUGUAUGCGCACGCAAGAGGAUCAAGUGUGUCCCAUGCUAAAUAUGCUGCUUCCCUUCCCUUUUUUCCCGAUCUGCUGAGAAUGAUGAACUGCCAGAAUUUGUACGGAAAUGGAACCGCCGCCUUUUUUGGAAGGGCAUAUAAGCAUCGUGUGCGGUGGGAGUGUUGUUGCGAGGACCGGAGGAAGGCGAAGCAUAUAGUCUCACAUUGAAGGCGUUGUUACGUGUGCCGCCGCGUUCGGACGGGUCCGCAGAUCUGGUGGAUGCCCCCAACAUGAAAUGGAAGACUGAAAUUGCAGCAUUGUAGGGCCGAAAUGGGGUGGGGUUGACGGGAAAGCAGAAGGAAAAUCCUUAUCCACAGAGGACGCAGAGGCGGUCAUCGCGCAAUGAUCGCGCAGAGGUGGGCAGCAGUUUGUGGACGUGAAACGGUGUAGUAGGCUGGGGGAAAGAGUGGGGAGAUAAGGGUAGAUGGAAAGUGCUCCCGAGAAGUAGGGCAGAGAGCGUGUGUGUGCGCCGUAGAAUGUGUUUGAAUGAGGGGGGAGAAGAGGGGGGGGGUGUGUAGCGGAAACGGCGGGAAACUGGCAAACAGCAAAAGCGAAUGAAAAUACGGCGGUGCUCGGCGCUGGGGAGAAAGAGAGACAGUGCGAAUUACGGCGAGCAUAUAUAUCCUCUCCCCGCGCGCUAGAACGAAGCUGUGUGUGUGUGUGUGUGAAUGUGAUCCAAGCACAAGGAGCAACAUAAUGUAAUGAGAAGAGAAAGAAGAAAAAACACACACCUCCAUCCCAGCAAGCGAGUCGUAGUGCCGAAGCGGUCUCCUCCGCAUACUCAUGCACACAGCCACACGCACACACCUGUGCGCAUGGGAAAGGGGGCUGGGGCGGUUGUGGGGACUGUGUGGGCAUGAAUGGUGGAAGCAAACGGCAAGGGAGAAAGGCAGCACAAAAAUAAUAAGAGAAUCAAGAUAUUAACACAUGAAGAAGCAGCGAAAAAAAAGAAAAACGCUUGAAGCAAUGCAAAAAGUCGCCACUGUGGACCACGAUGGCAUGCGGGAGGGUUAUUUUCUGAAAACAUUCAAUCGGUUUACAAGUGCAAGAAGAACGGUGUCUGUGUCGUGUCGAACAGUUUAUUGGUCUGUAGUGCUGAAGCGGUUGUUUGGUGGAGCGAGAAGUAGCGCGAGAGGGCAGUGUUUUCCGGUUCCGGUGAACGGUGAAGUUGGCAUCUUGUGUUCGGAAGUGUUGUGUUUUGGGAGUAAAAUUGAAACGUAAAGCGUAAAACAAGCGAGGGGGGGUACAUACACCCAAGCAUAUAAGAGCUGCGCUCUGGACGCCGGCUUGAGCGGCCCUUCGUAAGGCAAAUUUCGAUUGUAAAGGUGUGGUUACGAACUGUUCAGUAGUGUUGGAGUCGCAAGGAGCACUCCUCUGUUCGGAGUCCCUGUACACGUGGCUGCGAAGUACGCUGUGUUUUUACUAGAUAUUUUGCAACGAAACGAGCUGAAAACGAGAUCCACAAAACGUACAGAUAAACAAACAAACAGGCAUAGGAACACACUACAAGUGGUUUGAGCGAUGAGUGCCCCUGAAGACAGCACUGCGACCGCCCAGCCUGCCCCAGACCAUCAUCAUCAUCAUCUUCAUCAUCAUCACCAUCACCAGCAAAAUGUUGUGUCAGCAGCGGCCACCGCUUCCGCCUCGUCUGCAUCAUCGGCGACAGUAGUGGCAGGAGCCACGGCUGUCCCAGCACCGACAAACACUGGCCCGCCCACAGCAGCAACGGCCACGCUGAGUGUACCAGCAGCACCGGCGGCGGAUAUUGUUACCGGAAGCGGUGCCAGUGCGUCCACAACGCUUCCCGCCAUCAAAGCAGGAGGCAAUAGCAGUCACGCCACCAUUCUUACUACCACUAGCCACAGCAAAGAGGUUGACGGUGGAACCGCAACCAAUCCCGCUGCACAGGAUGGAAGCAAUGCUGCUCCCGGGGUCGUCGGUCCCAGCGAUGCUACCGAUGCGACGAGCAGCUGCGAUUCGGAUAAGGCACCGGCGGCAGCAGCAGCAGCAGCAGCAGCCAUUGUCACCUCCAGUCCACCGGGGGCCGAUGAGGGAGCGGCUGCUGCCACGUCGGAUAGCUUCGCCUCGGUAGAGGUCGGUUCGACCGGGGGCACAUCCACGCCACUGGCGGCAGCAUCGCCUGCCUCCCUGACUGGUGGCGAUAUUGGUGGGCCGAAGCCGUUACCUCUGUCGGGAUGUGGUUCCUUGAUGGUCGCCGGCAGCAGCAGCAUCGUCGUGCCGAACGGUGAAGGUGGUGACAGUAAUCCCAACGUACCUGUAUUGUCAGGUACCGCUACUACGAUACCGCUUCGUGGGCGUGAUGUGACCGACAAACACGCCGUGGAUUAUCACUACCGAAUGCUAGAAGAGGAGCUGCAGGCGGUGAAGGAGUCCGAGGCAAAGAUUAAACAACAGUAUAGCGAGUCUCAGCGCCGGGAACGCAUCCUUGCACGGCGCGUCGCGGUACAGGAGCAGGAAAUGCGCGACUUUUCGAAACAAAUAGCGGAACUGAAAUCGGCCCAGGCGCCCGGUCCGGCUGCACUGCGAUCGGCCCUGCUCGAUCCCGCGGUCAAUAUACUCUUUCAGAAGCUUAAAGCGGAACUGCAGGCGACCAAGGCGAAGCUGGAGGAAACACAGAACGAGCUGUCGGCGUGGAAGUUUACGCCGGACUCGAACACCGGCAAGCGACUGAUGGCCAAAUGCCGAUUGCUCUACCAGGAAAACGAAGAGCUGGGCAAAAUGACAUCGAACGGCCGGCUGGCAAAGCUGGAGAGCGAGCUUGCGCUGCAGAAGAGCUACAACGAGGAGGUGAAAAAAUCACAGCUAGAGCUGGAUGAUUUUCUGCAAGAGCUGGACGAAGAUGUGGAGGGCAUGCAGGGUACGAUCGUGUUCCUUCAGCAGGAACUAAAGCAGACGAAGGACGCGCGGAACGAAAUAGAAAAGGAGGUGAUCCAGCUACGCGCCUACAUCGCGGCUAAUUUGGGCCCCUUCUCCGGCAGCGGCAACAACCCGACCAGCGGCAGCACGCCCACCGACGAGCGCAGCUCUUCGAUGAUGAUGAUGAUGGAUGUGCAGGACAGCAAUAGCAACAGUAACAGCCACGGACACGACGCCUACCACCAUCCGGACGGUGGCGGUCCGGACAGCAUCGGCGGUCGAGGCGUCAGGCUGGGUGAACUGGGCGGUGGUGUUACCCCGAUCUAUCUAGUGAACGGUGGUGGUGGUGGUGGUGGUGCUGGUGCUGGAGGUGCAAGUAGUAGUAGCGGCGGCACCGUGAUUGACGCCGCAAGCAGACUGGUGAAUAAAAGUUCAAGUAGUGGUGAUGAUCAAGAUAUGAUGGUGUACAGCAAUCGGACGCACUGUGGUGGCGUAGUUACGAAUAGCAAUGAGUUACGAACUACACCGACAACCGGUGCCGCUGGCGCUUUGCCUGCAGCAGCAUCGGUGGCGACCGCAGCAGCAGUAUCGUCCUUGUCUGCACUGCUGCCAGGAUCGGUGCCCGAUCCCGGCAUCGGCGGUGGCGGCAGCAGCGCCAACAGUAACACUGCGACAGUGAACGGUGGUGCGGCAGGCAGCGGUGGUGAACCGUUAGUUAAUGAACUGCAUGAUUCACUGGUGCCCAGUGAGGGCACCAGAACAAGUGGCGGUAAUACCGAUAGCAAUAGUGGUGGAAACGUGGCCGACACCGGUAACAGUGUGAAUAGUACGAACAGCAGCAGCAGCAGUCUCGCCGUUGCGAAGCAACCACACCAGCCGCAGCAGCAGCAACAGCAGCCACAGCAGCCACAGCAACAGCGAACUAACAACAAUGUGGGUCGAAACGGUGGACGAACAACAGUGGCCGCUAGAAAGCGCAAUUACAAUGAAACCGAGGUUGAUUCGGCCGAGCAAACCGACGGUGGUAGUGGCGGCGGUGUGGUCAGUAGUAGUGACGCUUACCGAAGCGAAAGUGGUGUUGACGGUGUGCUAGUGAUGGACGUUGGUGUGGCGGAAAGUAGUGCUACUAGUGGUGUCGCGAACGGGAAGCUGGCAAUUGCCGACGGUUCGCUCUUGCCGGAACAGCAGCAGGACGUCGAAUCGUCCAACAGCAACAAGCGCAUGACACGAUCGGGUAAGGGUAAGGCGGCUGCAGCCACCACCACCACCAUCUCCUCCUCCUCCACCUCCUCCUCAUCCUCAUCAUCAUCAUCAUCGGCUGCGUCGAACGUGUUAAUGACGAGUGCGGCGAAAAAGCUUCGAAGAGGCUCGAUCGCUCCGGACGACGAGGUUGAUCCGUUGGCCGAUCCACAGCCAUCACCACAGCAACAGCCGCAGCAACCGAUAUCGUCGGCAAACGGUUCGAAUUAGGCUCGAGUUCGUUUGGUUCGCGGUGUUACACACGUUGGGUAAGGACGCCUGCGAGCAUGUUUUCGGAAAUAGUACCAUUUCUCUUUAAGCAGCCGUGGGACGCGAAGGGGGCGGGAGCAAGCUUAUGUGCAUGACUGGUGUGUCUGACGAGGGAAAACUGCGAUCUCUACUCCUGUGGACAGAUUGCACCGAUGGGAAGUCAAGGCAAGGCUCAACAAGCAACGUAUAUCAGCUGUUUUCAAAUGGUGUCAAGCAUAACGAACUCGUGUGUUGUUCGCGCUACUCAUUACAUUAUUGCAAAGGCUCGAGGAGCGCGUGCUGCGCAGAAAGGAAUUAUGCGAUCAAUUAUCGCUCCUAGACAGGUAGGAUGCGCGUGGUUCGACAGCGGACAGCGGGGAAUGUAGCAAGUAAAAAAGUACAUUUAAAAAGCAAAACAAACACAAACAGACAAAGUCGGGACGGAGAAACAGAUUAGGGGAAAGAGCUCGCGAAAGAGAGCGAGAGAGUGAGAAGAGAAGAGAGAGAAAGGAGAGAACGUUGAGCUAAACAAACAACCAAUAUUGUGUAGGGUCACAGUAAAACAUACAAAAA